AUGUCGCCUUCAGCCAUCCACCAAUUGCAUCUCUUCAUCUUCUUCCUCGUUGCCGGUCACAUCGUCUACACCUGCAUUACCAUUGUCAUCGCCCGUGCCAAGGUGUCCACGUGGCACAGGUGGGAGAACAAGUGUCAAGAGAAGAUGAAGCAAAGGAAGGGCGCGGUAUCAGGUCAGCUCACCCGCGCCCUGCAAGACCGUAGCUUCAUUCUCCGCCGCACAGGGCCCCUUGCCAGCUUUCGCCGCCGCGUGGCACCUGACGUGGCAGAUGCCGGUUCCAGCUCAGCAGGUGCCGGAUAUGACGUGGAGCAGCCCCCUUCCGGCGUGGGGCAGGAGCCAGAGCUGGCGAGAACCUUCCAGGAAGUUGUCAAGGAGGGGGAAGAGGCGAAAGCUCAGGGGAGUCAGGAGCAGCAGGUUCGGGAGCAGGCUCGGGCACAGGAGGCUCGGGAGCCGGCUCGGCGAGGCUCGAAGUUGCAAGUUCACUAUAGCGAUGAGGAUGACGUGGCAGAGGAGGAAGAGCCGGAGCAUUUCACGUGGAUAGGGGAGGAGGAGGAGGAGGGGGACGACCUGGAUACGGUAUAUGAGGACGAGGAGGAGAGAGAGGAGGAGGAGAAGGAGGAGAAGGAAUGGAGGAGGCAGAAGGGGAUGAAGGAGGGAGGGGCAGGGGAGAAGGGGAAGAAGCGGCUGACUCGGCUGGCAACGAUGGCGAGGAGAGAAGCGAGCACUGAGCUGACCGUGUGGCAGUCGCUCGUGCUCACUGUGCAAUGCUUUUUCCAGCAACUGUUCAACCCGAUCACCCGGUCUGACUACUACACUCUCCGGCUUGCAUUCAUUCAUAAUCAGGACCUUCCUCGAGACUUCGAUUUCUAUCACCACGUGGUUGGCUCCCUGGAGAAGGACUUUGUCCACAUCGUCGGCCUCAGCCCCUCCCCCUCCCUUCCCCCAUAUCUCCUCCCAACUCUUUCCAACCCCUCCCCCAACCCCUUCCCUCUGCCUACCCAGCUUGCCUCUCUGGAUCACUCUCGUUAUUGUCAUAUGCAUCACAAGCUACAGUAA